AUGAUUGUAGUAAGAAUAAUUAUUCCUAACAAAGAACCGAAUAAUUAAAUUAGAACUAAUUUAAAAAUAUCAGAAGAUCCUUGCAUUUUUAUAAUUUCUAGUUCAACUCACAAGUUUAGAUGGCAGAUUUAUUUAAUAUGGUUAAAAUUAACUUAAUUUGUUAGUGGAAAUGAAUGUAGAUCUGAGGGAAAAUUUAUUAAAAUAUUAAAAUUAAAACUACAUUAUUAGUUUGGUGCUAAUUUUGUUGGAAGUAAUUUGAGCGGAUCUCAAUUUGAAAAUUUAGAUAUUAGCGGAAUAAAUUUGAAUGGAGCGUAGUUAUUUAAUUGUACAUUGAAUAAAAUGAAAAUACAUGAAUUACAUUAAAUAGAUGCUCAUAGAAGUAUUGUAAAUUCAGUAAGCUUUUCAUCUGAUGAAAUUACGUUAUAAUCUGGAAGUGCAGAUUUAUUUAUUCGAUUAUGGGAUAUAAAGAGAGGUCAAUAAAAAGCGAAAUUAGAUGAUCAUAGUAGUGAAGUAAAUUCAGUAUGUUUUUCACCUGAUGGUAAGAAAUUAUCAUCUAGUGAGGUUAAUAAACAGCCAAAUUAAAUUUUCAUAAUACUUAUAUAAAUUCAAUAUACUUCUCUCCUGAUAGUUCUACACUAGCAUCUUCUAGCAAAUAGAUGUUAGAACAACACAAUACAGAACUAUAAUAGAUAAAUAUAGCCAUGUCUUUCUAUAAAUUUGCUUUUCUACAGAUGGUAAAAUAUAGGCAUCUGGCUGUUAUUAUCUUUUUUUAACAUUCUAUUUAUUAAUGGAAUGUUAAAAAAAAGAUAAUAACAAGCCAAAUUAGAUGGUCAUACUAGAGAAAUUAUAUCAGUCUGUUUCUCUCCUGAUGGAAAUACAUUAGCAUCUUGUAGUUUUGAUAACUCUAUCCGUCAAUGGGAUGUCAAAUCAGGAUAAUAAUAAGCCAAAUUGGAUGGUCAUACAAGGAAUUUUAGAUCAGUAAAUUUCUCUCCUGAUAGAAAUACAUUAAAUUCUGGUAGUAAGGAUUAGUCUAUCCGUCUUUGGAAAGUCAAAACAGGUUAAGAAAUUAAUUCCUCUGAUUCAUAUUACAAAGAUCUUUUAAAAUAAUUUAAGAUUCCACUACAAUAAAAUAGUCCUAUAUCAGAAGAUAAUAUUAAUUUUUUAUAUUUUUAGUUUCCAAUUAGAUCACUACACUCAUUAUAUCUUCAUAGGCAUUAUUCUAAGCUUAAGGAGCGCUUAUUUUGA